CUAAACGAUAUGUUUUUGUUGUCGUCAACGGUUGCUACGACGAUAAAUUUUCCAAUUUUCGUUUAUUUUAUGUGGAUAAAAGAGUAAAACUUGUUACUUUGUUUGUUUUGGAAACAAAUACUUGAGAUAUAUUACACGACUGAAUGUUUCAACAUGGAGGCUCCCGGCAUGAGCUUGUUUCAAGGUGCUGGUAGCAUACACAUAAACAAUAGUGCUCAAGACAGACUUGAAGAGCAAGAGGAAUUGGAAGACCAGAAGCGGCGCAAUGAAGAGCUUCAACACAAACUGGCCAAUGCAUUUGAUGAUCUUGCGGACGAUGACGAGGCCAGCUCCGUCAACAGCAGCGGCAACUUCACAAUGGACGCAGGGCACCCCAAUGCUGCUCAAAAGAAAGAUUGUCAAAGACCAGGGUUGCCAACAUACAUAGAAUCCCUGAACCACCUAAAAGAGGCCCACAAUGCAGAGUCCCCCAAGCCAUACUGUGAGACUCCCAAGAACCACCACUCUCCACUCAUGAUGCUUCAGGAAGAACCUGUGAAACUGAACUUCAGUCCCUACGGUGCCGGGGACGGACAAAACCACUACUGUCAACAGGAAUUGAGAGGACAUCUAAAUGGUGGUCAAAACAUGAAUAACUAUGAAGCCCGUCAAGAGUACAUGAACAAUGAACAGUUGAAACUAAUGUAUGAGAUGAGGGUAAAAGAGUGCCAGCAACUAGCCUCUCAACUAGAAGAGCUGCGGUCUCAAUCCGACGCGGAGACGGGGGCGCUGCGCGCGCGCCUCGCCGCCGCCGCCGCCGAGCGGGACCACGCGCAUCUGCAGCUGCAGCAGGCGCAUCAUUUGUUAGCCUCCAGCAAACACAAGAUGGUGGAGCUCGAGCAACAACUAACAACAGUCUCGGAGAAGCUCGCUGAGAACGAGCACGAGAAGGAACAGUUGAGGCUGGAGCUGCGGUCCACUAACAUCAGCCUGCAAGAGGCUCAGCAGAGGCUGCAUACUAUGCAGGUAGCCCACACACACGACACAGAUGCAUUGUUUAGAGAGCAACAGGACAGACAUAGAGAAGAAAUCGAUAGAAUGCAUAAUGAUCUGCAAAAGGCUAAAAAUAGACUGGAUGAAAAAGAAAACGAGAUAAAGUCCCUCGAGAAGCGCUGCAAAGAGCGCGAGAAGGAGAAAGAAGACAUUCUCAUAGAGAAGGGCGGCACCAUCAACCGUCUCGCGCGCGAGCUGGAGGCGGCGCAGAGCCGGCUGGGCGGCCCGCCCGCCCGCGACCAGCUCAAGGAACUGGGCUCGAAGCUAGAGCUAACAGCUCAAGAGCUGGUCCUGUGCCGCAAAAAGCUCGCCGCCACUCAGAAAGACUUCGAAGGCUGGCGCGCUGCCCUGCACCAGAUACUGGCUGAAAGUCUACCGGAUAACACUUACUUGGGUGAGCCGCCGUCCCCCGGAAAGCUGUCCACGCUGAAAGAAAUACUGAGUCGACAGAAACAGCAGCUACUGAAACUGAACUCACUUCAGGACGAAAUUGCUAAAAGAGACAAAAGAUUGGAGCAUCACCGCAAGCAAGAGUCGGAGCUGCGUUCCAAAAUCGAAGAACAGAAAGGUGUGGAGAUGCAACUGACGUCGCGCCUGGCUGUGUUGCAAAAUAAGCUCGAGCUGUUGAACAGUAACUCGGACAGUGAACUACUGGACUCGUAUAAACAACAGAGCGAACGACUUGAACGAGAGCUGGAAGAGUGUAGGGCUGAGUGUAAAAAUUUGGACCUGAAAAACACAGAGCUAGAGCUAGAAUACGAUAAGCUGAAGUCUGAAAAGGGCGGUCGAGCCACAUUAGUACAAGAAGCCAAUGCAGAUUUGUUGAAGGAACUAGAACGGUGUAGCACACAGCUCAAAGAGGUUCUCAAAGAAAACAGCGAGCUUAAAAGCCUUUAUUUACAGGCGUGCAGCAAUCGCGACGCAGUGUCCAGAGAAAUCAAAGACAUACAACUGAAAGUGCAGAAAGAGAAAGAAGUAUACAAAGCCCAAGAGAAAGACUACGUAGAAAGAUUAGAGAAAGAGAAACAACAAGUUGAGAGGGUGACUGGCGACCUCUCGAGUUGUAAACAUGAACUAGAAAGAGCUAAUAAGAGGAUUCAAGAGUUGCAGAGGGAAUUUAAUGAGAAACAAAAGGAGUUUUCUAAUAAGUUAAAUAAGUAUUUGGAAGAUGAAAAGAGCUCAAUUCGUCGGGAGCUGGAAUCCUGCGCGCAGUGUGAAAAGCAUUUGAAUGCGAUCCGGAGUUUAGAGGAACAAAUCAACAAGUGCAAAGUUAAAUUAGCGACACAAGAAAGCAACGAGGAGCUUAUGCAAGAGUUAAAGAACAAAGCGGAAUUCUUCCAAAAGUACAUAAUGGAAAGAUUUCAAAAGCUGCAAGAACAACGGAAUGUAUCAACUAAUACGGAACCCACUGCAACAGAAGUCAUAGUCAAUGGGCAUGCUCACAACAGCUCAGUGGAAAAGGAACCUAGUGAUGUAGAGGAUAAGGAUGAAGGCGAUUUAACUUCUAAGACCAGCCUAAUGAUGAAAGAGAAAGAAAUCCGCGACCAAAUAGCGCAAAAAUACACGCUCGAAAUCAAAACACUAGAAAUGAACUGCACGAAAAGACUGAAAGAAAUGGAGAACGAACACAUCAACUCAAUAAGCAAACUGAAACAGUUGCUAGAAAAAAAAGCUCAAGAAGUGGAAUCAUUGAAGAACUUCAUUCUAGCCGAACGUUCGAAAGUAGGGGAAAUACUCAAUUCGAAAGAAAACGAAAUAUCUGAUCUCAUAAAGGACCACAAUUCUUUGCAAUCUGAAUAUCAGCAACUAAAAGACAAAGCGGGUGUUUUGAAGGACAGAUAUCAGGAGAAAUUAAAAGGCAUAGAUGAUAAAUAUAAGAGCGAAAGAGAAGGUUAUAGGAAGGCGAUGGCUGAAUGGGAGAAAGAGAAGGAAACAUUGAGUAGCAGGUUGACCCAAUUGGAUGCUGAAUAUCAAGUGCUGAAGGCGAAAUAUAAGAAUGCCAAGAAGACAGCUUUCAUGUAUAAGGACUACGUGGAGAAGAAAGACGAGCACGUGACAGCGGAACUCAGCCGCAUCCAGCGCGAAUACUCCGCCAUCUUCCUGAAGAUGGAGAGCCGCAUGCAGCUGCUGGCGAGCGCGCGCCGCGACCAGCACACCGGCGACUACUCAGAAAUGCUCAAAAGGCUGCAGAAUGAAAUCAGUGCUCUGGCGCAGUCCAAGUAUGAAGAAACUCCAGUGCAGAGGUAGUGAACCGUCAAGUAUACAAGUUGUCUAAAGGUCAGUAUGAAGACUGUCCCUUUAGAUAUACAAAAUAGUUGAUGAAGCUACAGGGAAGUUUGAAUGAUGUUUCAUAUAUUUAAUGUAAAAAGUUUGAGGUCAUGAAAUAACCCAAUGAGUUAAACCAGUUCUAUUUUUAUGACAGUCGUUUUUAGUUGUAUUUGGAUGAUACAUUCCUUUUAAAUAAUUUAUUAUGCUCCAGCUAUACAUAUUAUAUAAAAUGGUACUCUUUUUGGAAUAGCGGGUAUAUUCCAGUAAAAAUAAGAGAUAACUAACCUGGAUUAUCAUUUACGAUAGAAAUGGCAGAGCUUACGUAAGGGCGCUUUCUUGUUUUAACUCAAGUUAAAUAAAGAUAAAACGUUAAAAUAACAUUUACAGAAGUCGGAUGCCGUUUUUUUAGCUUAUUCUUUAGAUCUCAAUUACUAAUGUCUCUCUAUACUGCCUCUUAUGUAAUGUCGUACCUUAUAUUAUGUUACUCUAUUGUAAAUACCUAAUACUUACUUGGUUAUACAUUAGUUUAUUAUUGGGACCAACCACA